UGUAAUGCACUGGAUAACGUUGAUGCCCGUCUGUACAUGGAUAGGAGGUGUGUCUAUUAUCGCAAGCCUUUGCUGGAAUCAGGUACUCUUGGUACCAAAGGAAAUGUUCAGGUUGUACUGCCCAAUACAACUGAGAGCUAUGGAUCAUCACAAGAUCCUCCAGAGAAGACAGUGCCAAUAUGCACUCUCCACAACUUCCCUAAUGCCAUUGAACACACACUACAGUGGGCUAGAGAGAAGUUUGAAGAGUUGUUUGCUCAACCUCCUGACAUCGUUUGUCAAUAUUUAAGUGAUCCAGCUGGAUUUCUUGCAAGGGUUCACAAAGGAGCUGGCAAUGAACCUUUAAUGACUCUUCGUACGUUAAAGACAGCUGCAAUCGAUAAAAGGCCAACUAAAUUCCCUGACUGUGUAGAAUGGGCCAGACUAUUAUUCCAGGAGUAUUAUUAUAACACGAUAGCACAAUUGCUCCAUGUGUUUCCUCCUGAUCAUAAGACUACUACUGGUCAGCCAUUUUGGUCGGGACCUAAACGCUGCCCAACUCCUAUUAAAUUUGAUCCUAGUGAAGAUCUUCAUUUGCAGUUCAUUGUUGCUGGUAGUAUAUUAUAUGCUGAGACUUACAAUAUCAAACCAGUUAAAGAUAAAGAAGAAAUAAGACGAAUGGCCACUGCUGUUGUAGUUCCACCCUUUGUUCCUAAAUCAGGUGUCGUAAUACAUACAACUGAUGCUGAGGCCCAAGCUGCUUCCAAUGCUGUUACUAGUGAUACAGAUGAAAUGACUGCCAUUGAGAACUCACUGCCUUCUCUUCAGGAGCUAAAGGACCUCAAAAUGACACCAUUAGACUUUGAAAAAGAUGAUGAUACUAACUAUCACAUGGACUUUAUUGUUGCUUGUUCUAAUUUAAGAGCUGGUAAUUAUAGUAUUGAACCUGCCGAUUAUCACAAGAGUAAAGGUAUUGCUGGUAAGAUUAUUCCAGCCAUUGCUACAACUACUUCACUGGUUGUUGGUCUGGUCUGUUUGGAACUUUAUAAGUUGGCCAAUGGCAACAAG